GGCUUUCAGCUGAAAGCCUCUGCAGCCAGCAGUCCAGUGUGAGUGGCUGAGCUGCAAGGAGAGGAUUUAUCUUCGUGCUGGAAAAGAUGCAACCAGAGAAGGAAGCAACAUCCCUAACUCCCCUUUUUGGAAAGCAGAGGCUCUACUCUCUGAGAACAGGAUUUUUUUUCGCCAUGUAGACAGACCAUCCUAGCUCCAAAGCCAUUCGUUUAAGCCGCGGUCCUGAUCGUGGAGAGCUCCCAGCUAGACAGCUCCAGCUCCAAGGUGAACUCCAUCAAGUCCACCCUGAUGGGGGAGGCUCCAACUCGGGCAACCAACAGAUCUGCAGGGAUCCACCAGGGACUGAUGCUUGCUAGCAGUAAGAAAGGCAAAAUGCUAGAGCAGAUGGGAAAACCUCCCAAGCACUAUCACCGGCAAGGAGAGGCCUAUCCCUGUACCAAUGAUAAGGAAUGUGAGGUUGGACGGUACUGUCACAGUCCUCAUCAAGCCACCUCUGCGUGCAUGAUGUGCCGGAGGAAGAAGAAGCGCUGCCACAGAGACGGCAUGUGCUGCCCUGGGAACCGCUGCAACAAUGGUAUUUGCAUACCAGUCACUGAAAGCAUCCUUACACCUCACAUCCCUGCUCUGGAAGGGCCACGCAACAAGAAGAAUGGUCACUAUGCUAGCAAGGAUUUGGGAUGGCAAAACCUAGGGAGGACACGCUCCAAGCUGUCACACAUAAAAGGACACGAAGGCGACCCCUGCCUACGGUCAUCAGACUGUAUUGAGGGACACUGCUGUGCUCGCCAUUUCUGGACCAAAAUUUGCAAGCCUGUGUUGCAUCAGGGGGAGGUGUGCACCAAACAGCGCAAGAAAGGCUCCCAUGGACUGGAGAUUUUCCAACGAUGUGACUGUGCCAAGGGGCUCUCUUGCAAAGUAUGGAAAGAUGCGACCUCCUCUUCUAAAUCAAGACUUCAUGUGUGCCAGAAGAUCUGAGUGAAGGUGGAGAAGGCAGCAUUGAGCGACUGUGGCUUUGUAUAUUUAAUGCAUUAUGGCGCAGUGGUAAACAAGAGCUGCAAAUGACUACAGUAACAGUUAGGGGACGAGAAGUCAUACCAAAUGCAUUUCUUUGUGAGCUGGUGAUAAACACAAGGUGCAGCUGGAGUUCUCCUACUCUGCAUCUCUCCUGUAAAUAACUUCUACACUGUGUGGGAAAUGCUAGUCUGCAAACAAGUACAGUGGGCACAAAUGUCGCUUACCUUGCU